UGCGCCAAAUGAGCGAUAAAUUAGUUGUCUUGUUUCUAAAGAAGAAGUGCCCUUGCAAGGUGAUGGCAUUGGAAAGUAUAGAGGAUUGAGUGAAAGUAGCUGAUUUCAGGAUGGGAGGAAGAAAGAAAACCAAGUGGAGAAAACUACCACUCGAAGAGUUUACAAAAGAUUGCUCAAGAAGGAGUUCAGAAGAAAUUAAAUCAGACCGAAAAGAAGAAAAUUCCUACCCUGAAAAUGCAGAGGCCCAGUCUUUCGCUAACGAAUAUUCCGAUGGUGCAUGGUAUCCUACGCAUUACUUAGUUUACAAUCCUAUUGAAGUUCCUGUUUAUCAUCCUAACUACAUGAUGCCUACUGAUACUAACUGUUACUAUUAUCCACCAAAUGAAAUGAAUACUGUUGCAGAUUAUACAGGAGUGCCUCUUCAAGAAUAUAUACCUCCAAUGAAAGAAACUGUGUAUCUCUUGUUUCCUGCGUCAGCACUAAGACCAGCCCAAUAUUCGCCGUAUGACUGGAGAAAUAGACGAAGGAGAAGGAGAUAUAAUGGAUAUGCUGAGUAUGCAGUGAUACCGGAAAAGUCAAAUGUUGAGGAUAAACCUAAUGAAAAAAUAGAAACUCCAGCAAGAAGCAUACCAAGACAAUUUGAAAAAACGAGUUCUGAAAAGAUUGAUGUUCCCAAGCACACCGCUCAAAAGCAGGAUAAUCAAAACACAGAUAAAAAACUAGAUGACAAUAUUGGAUUAAACAAUAAAAUGGGAUUAUCAAAAAGCGAAAGAAAUGAAGAACCUCCCAACAGACAGAAGAAAGUAGUUGACGUUUGUGAUGUGCAUAGCAAUAUUUCGAAGCAGGAGUUGAAAAAUAUUUUGAAUGACAAGAACUUGUCAAAAAAUGACUGUGACCUUCCAAAUAGCUCAUCUGCGACUGAUUUUGAAACAAACAAUAUGAUACAAGAACAUGAAGUGUCUCGAUUCGAAUCAAACUCAAAUGGGAAAUGUCAUGAGCCAAUUGAAACAGAGUUUACAGACAAGUUGAUUGGAAAUGAAAAGGAAAAUCCAAUAAAGAGCGAGAAUGAUGCCUGUGAUGCUGCAUACAACAGUCCAAACAAUACAUUUUCUGAUGUUCAAGCAUCUUGCAAAAUAUUUGAUCCAAUUGAAGAGGAAAAUGAAAAGAAGGACGCAGUUAAUGAAGAAUCCACAUUAUUUUCAAAUUGCAAUAAAACGUCUGAUAUAAUUUGCGACAAUGCAGAAUCCGAUCAAAGCAAUUUUAACCCAUCGUCCUUGCCUGAUAUCAUAAGUACUGUGAAUAAAAUUAUUACGGAUAUUGAUGAAAACAAUGUCAGUGCAACGUUAUCGAAUAACAAUCGAACUCAAAACUUUAGUUCCAUACACAACACAAAAAAUAUUAAUGAAUGUGUUUCUAAAAUCCCAUCUGUUUCUGCAACACGAUCUGCAUAUUUGCCAUAUCUUUAUAAUACAAAUUCAGAUGCUUUAAGUUCUGAGAGCAAAAUCAUUGAUAAUACAUUACCAAAAACACAUUCUUUGUAUACCAAUAACUCAAUUUAUAAGUUAGCCUUUGACGAAAGUCUCGAAGAUCUAUCCGACACAGAAAGCAGAUCUCCAAGUCCAAUUGUACGAUGCCCUGUUGAUAAAAAUCGGGUUGAUCGUGGAUCAAUUGAUCCAGAAUCUCAAGUGCCAUCAAGUCUUAUGAGCAAUGAAAUUAACGUAUAUGAAGCUGAUAGUGGAGAUGACGCUGGCUCAGAAGAUUUAGAACUUAUACCCCACCGUUAUGAAAGUGAGAGCUUCCUGAAUAAAAGCAAGCAUCUUUACGAAAAUAAGCUUUCUUUAGCCGUCGAGCUUCUAAGAACGAAGGAAAGUCUUCCAUACGAUGCUCAGUUCAAGAGGGUGAUUGAAGAAAGUCAAGAAUCUGCGAAAACAGAAAGUUGUAGAACUGGGGAAGUGAACAUGGGUUUUGUUGAUGAUUUUAAUUCUUUGGAUGGGAUUGAAUUGAAAAGCAAUAAUUUAGCAUUUAACCAGUCUGAUCAUGAAGCCAUCACAAAGCAAAGCAAAAUUCAUAAGCAAACAUCUCCAAGUUACGAUAUUCCUUUGGAUGAUUCCUUCACAAAUUCAUAUGAAUUAGCUGAUGAAGCUAUUGCACAAUCUGCGAAUCACCAGGACAACAGAGAAGAAGUGAACGCUGGAUAUCGACGUAUUGGAGUUCAGUUUCGUCACUAUUUCUCGCCAACUUCGACUUUAGUUAAUUCUUGGAAUUGCUGCAUCAUUAUGUGAUAAAAUAUCACCGUAUUAUAUUUUUCAUUCUUAAUGGCCAAAAAUGUGAAUGUCUCUGAUUUGUUGUGGGCAUCUGAAGGCUAGCUAUUAAAUUAUAUCUAUCUCUAUAUAUAUACAUUAAAAUACUAUAUUAUGUCUAUUUUAUCAUGGGUAAUAAAUAAUUUUUACUUUU